AUGUCCCCUUAUCAGUUGGUUUAUGGUAAAAUCUGUCACUUGCCAGUAGAACUGGAGCAUAGAACUUACUGGGCAAUCAAGUAUCUGAACUUUGAUGCUCAGGGUGCAGGAAUAAAGAGAAUGCUUCAGUUGAAUGAGCUUGAUGAAUUCCGAUAUUCAUCUUAUGAGAAUGCCAUGCUCUAUAAGGAGAGAACUAAGAUAUGUCACGACAAGAAGACUGCAAUAAGAGUCUUUGAGCCAGGUCAGAGGGUGCUUCUGUUCAAUUCAAGGCUCAAACUCUUUCUCAGGAAGCUGAUAUCCCGGUGGUCAAGACCGUUUGUGGUUACCAGAGCAUCACUGUAUGGACACGUGGAGAUUCAGGAAGUGAAUUCUAACAGAAAAUUUACAGUUAAUGGCCAGAGGUUGAAGCACUAUCUAGGAGGUGAGAUUAAUCGCCAAAGGUCCGCUCAUCUGCUGAACUAG